AUGCGUCGCAUCACCUCUGUCUUUGUCCCUCGUCGCCCAGAGAGAUCCGAGUCUGCUCCAGCUGCGGCUCCUCCUACCCCCCUCCCCGUCUCCACCAUCGCCCCUCCCUCUGACGAGCACACCCCCCGUGCUCGUCCCCGCACCAGAGACUCCACCCCAAAACAACCACUUCGCCCUCGCCCUCGCUCCAUCCUCUCCCUCGGCCUCUCCCGCAAGGGCACCGCUGGCACCAUCUCCAGCAACGACCACACCUCCUCCUCUGCCUCCUCCAUAACCGGCCCUCCCACCCCCGACGAUGAGGGUCGCAGCUCCAGCAGGCCUCGCAGCAUCUUCUUCUUUUCCGACAAGUCCUCCUCUGUAGAUCCCCCCGUCGUCCCCGCUCAGCCCGCCUACAUCCCUGCUCCUCGCAAAGAUGAGGACAUGUUCGCGGACAGCGCAGAGAGCGAGUCCUUUGAAAAUGAGGAGCUCCUCCCCCCUCCCCCUCGCACCCGCAUCGCCCAGAGCCAGGUCCAACCUGCCGCCCUUGUCUCUCCUCCCCCCGCACCCAUCCAGUCAUUCACCCCCGCAUCUUUUACACGUGCACUCGCCUUGAACAGCCUCCACCCGUCCUUCUCUCCCCCGCCCCACCUCCUCCUCCCCGGUGUCCCUCUCUUUCCCCGCUCUUGCAACUAUGCAAAGCAUCUUCCCACCUCGCACUCCCCCGACAAGCUCCUCCCCCAGCUCUUCCACAAGCGCAUCCUCCGUCGUCUCGCUCACCCCCUCAGCAUCGCAGACAAGCACGAUCUCUCACGCUAUGCAGGCCGGCAUAGACCACCUGCUCCAAAGGCCCUCAGGCUUCGUCUCGACGACACUGCCAUCGCCACCAUCGGUGUAGAUGCUCGUCGAGUCUCCAAACUCAGCGCCGGUCUCCGCCGCUGGGUCGAUCGCCCAUGCUUCGAGGACCGUCUCGUCGUUUAUCUCCCUGCCGAUGCAGAGAUCGACCCCAGCACGAUCGUCUCCCAAGUCCAGCGCGAUCUCGUGGGCGUCGUCUGCACCCGUGUCUCGGGCACCGGUCACGGCGUCGCCUCCAUCGAAUACAGCCAGACUCUCGAGCUGCUCGCUGGCGUCCACGACACAGACGCGGACGCUCUUCUUCUUGGCUUCGCCGAUCCUCACCUACUGGGCCCGAUGCCGGAUGUGGCCACGGACGUUGUGCUUCACAAGGACCCUGCACAGGAGCAGUUUCGCCGUGCGGUUCUCCCAGAGACGCCGUCACAGGACCAAGGACUGCUGCAUGCCAUACAUGCGUCCCCGGCGUGGGGGACUGCCCCUGCACUCGACGUGGACAUUACCUCUGGCAGCAUCGCUGGCUUCUUCGACGAGGCAAUGGCUGGCGCAUCCGCGAACAAGAUGUUCUCGCCUCCCAUGAUGACCCCCCCGCUGUCGCUCACUCCGUCGUCUAUGAGUCCCGCGUCCUCUGGCCCACCUACACCCACAGGCAACCUCCCUGCCGCUGUCGCUGCCGCCGCGUUUCUUCCGCCUGUCCCUGCACCUCAGACACCAGGUGCCCCCUCCCCCUCCCCUCGCCUGCAGCCGUACAAAGCAGUGCCGUCUCCCUUGCGCAUCGAGCAGAAUGUGAACCUUCCCAACCCGUACUCGCCCUCUAUGGACCGAAGCUCGAUCAGCUCAAUCGAUUCGGAUUCCUCGACGUCUUCGGCGCCCCUGCCCACGAACACCAGUCGGAGCACCUCCACGGCUACGCUCAGGCUUCCCCCGCCAUCGCGGCCACUGCCCUCGUCGCCACAACGGGCCGUGCGGUUUGCCGAGUCGUCGCCGGGCAGGAAGGACAAGGGGCGUGCGCAGGAUGAGGACGAAGAUGACUUGUCCGAGGCGGAGCGUCGUGAUGGUGUUCCCGCAGAAUACAUCCAGCGCAUCAAGCAACAGCGGGCGGAAAAGGCCCGCUUCCUCGAGGCCGAGCGUUCUCGCCGGACUCAGAUGGAGGAGCAGCAGCGCCGCGCGGACCGCGCGCGGCAGGAGGAGGAAGAUCGGCUGAGGCUAGAACGUGAGCGCGAGCGUAGGGAGAGAGACGAGGAGCGCAGGAAGCACAUGUAUGCGGAGGAGGUUGCCGCUGCGCGGAAUCGGCGCGAGAGCACGCGCUUCGUGCACCCCUCGAUGUCUGGCGUGAACGGGACGGGCGGGCUGGAGGAGUGGGAGCGCCAGAAACGACAGAAGGAGAGAGAAAGGGACUCGUCGACAUACACGCGCCCGGUUUACGACGCGCGCAGGCAGAGCGAGCCCGGCGCGCGCUCGACUCGGAAUGCGUCCCCCGCGCCUCCCGUCCCGCCGCUGCCGGCUUCGUCCCCCGCCCCAAGUGGCAGCAACAGUCUCAACGACAAUCAGCGCGGCGCCUCCCAGCAGUCGCAUCUUUCUCCGCACCCUGCGACGCUCACUCCCAACGCACGCUCGUCUUCCGUCCCCGAUGUUAGAUCGCGCGACCAACGUAGCGGCAGUGUCGGUUCGGCGAAUCGUGUGUCGAUGAUCUCUGAUGGAGACGGGCGCGACCGGACAUCUUCGUUUUCGUCCUCGUCGAUGUGGAACAUGAAUCGCAUGAGCAUGCACAUGGGCAUGAUGCACCCUAUUCCCGUCGCCGUCCCUGUCCCGAUGCCCGUGCCUGUUCCCGUUCCCAUGCCGUACCGUAUGCACACUGGCAUGGAGCCUCUCCUACCGCCUGCGCCGCCCUUCGUCACGCAGGAUUUCGGGUAUCGUCCGCCCUCGCAAGGCCAACGCCACAGCCCCAGCCACGAGAAGGGCCGCAGUUCCGGCCACGGCCACGGCGAGGUCGGAGCCAAAGCAGCCUCGUGCACACAGCUCGUCCCCGACCAGCAAACACUUCUCGCGCAGCGCCGUGCCGCCCAGUGCUAG